CCACCCUGCACCUGUGGGGAGUCCGCCUCUUACAAGCAUUGUACUUCUAAUCCGUGUCCUGGCUGGUUUUUUUUGUGUGGUGAUGGGUUGUCACAGUGGCACCGACAUGGCCCCUGCACUUCCUCAGCAGCAACACUUGAGAAAAGGAAGAGGUCUCCACCCACACAUUCCUGCAGUAUGAGCAGCAGCUCUCAGCUGCCUGGGCAGAACCUGGUGUGAGCAGCAGAUGGGGGACUGCCCUCCCGACUCACGGUAUCCUCCCUGCACAGGAUCUACCAUGGCCUCGCUUACGGCCCUUUCCCCCAAGAGAUCCUGCAGGACACACCCCCACCACAGCCUUCUGCUCCUACUCUUCAGCUUUGGGUGGGCACAACCCUUGAGGGCUCAGGCUGGAGAGUCAAGACAGCAGGCUGCAUCUCUGGACCCCGUCUUGGCCAAUGUGUCCAGCUUCACCAGCCUCUCCCCAGAUCGCCUCCUUGGCUUCACAUGUGCUGACGUGUCUGGCCUGAGCCCGGAGCAUGUCAAAGAGUUGGCUAUGGCCGUGGGGCAGAAGAAUGCCACACUCCAGGCAGAUCAGCUGCGCUGUCUGGCACACGGCCUCCCAGCACACCUAGCGCCUGAGGAUCUGGACGCCUUCCCGCCUGACCUGCUGCUUUUCCUCAACCCAGCUGAGUUCUCGGGGCCCCAGACCUGUGCCCAUUUCUUCUCCCACAUCUCUAAGGCCAAUGUGGAUGUGCUCCCACGGAGGUCCCCUGAGCGGCAGCGCCUGCUGCUUGCAGCUCUGGUCUGCAGGGGUGUGCAGGGGUCCCAGGUGAGCGAGGCCGACGUGCUGGCUCUGGGAGGACUGGCCUGUGACCUGCCUGGGUGCUUUGUGGCUGAUUCAGCGGCAGCCCUCCUACCCCGGCUGGCAGGCUGCCCAGGAUCCCUGGACCAAGACCAGCAGGAGGCUGCCCAGGCAGUUCUGCAGGGUAGAGGACCUCCCUAUGGCUCCCCAUCAAAGUGGUCGGUCUCUACCCUGAACACUCUACAAGGCCUACUGCCAAUUUUGGACCAGGACUUUAUCCAAGACAUCCCCAAGGGUGUCGUGACUGCAUGGCUGCAGCGCAUCUACCGGAACCCAUCCGGGCCAAGGCCAGAGCUGACUGUGGUCCUCCCCAGGCUUCGCAGGGACACAGAGAAGGAGGCCUGUCCCCCAGGGCGAGAGGCCCAUGUGGUGGAUGAAAAACUCGUCUUCUACUCGGACCGGGAGCUGGAGGCCUGUGUGGAUGGAGCCCUGCUGGUUGCCCAGAUUGACCAUGUGAACGCAGUCCCCUUCACCUAUCAGCAACUCAACAUUUUUAAGCGCAAAUUAGAUAAGAUCUACCCAAAAGGCUACCCUGAGUCCCUCAUCCAGCGCCUGGGCUACUUCUUCCUCACCACGACCCCUAAGGAUAUCCACAAAUGGAAUGUGACAUCAUUGCAGGUCGUGAAAGAUCUGCUCAGAGUCAGCAAGGGGCGGGACAUGGAUGCUCAGGUGACCACCAGUUUGGGGGGCAUGUGGCACAAGGCUAUGAAGGCUUGGGGGGCACAGCAGGAGGCCACGGGAACUGGGGACAUAGCAGGAGGCCACAGGGCCUGGGAGUCACAGCAGGAGGCCAUGGGGACUGAGGGACACAGCAGGAGGCUGUGCAAGUGGGUGGAUGGAUAUAUCUCUUCCUGGCACCAGGCACCUCCUUCUACAGGUGGCUGCCCUGAUUGCCCAGUAUGUGAAGGGAAAUGGCUGGCUGGACAGGGACAGCCUGGAUGCCCUGGCUGCCUUCCGCCCUACCUACCUUUGCUUCUUCAGUUCUGGGCAGCUGGGCUCCGUGCCACCCAGCAUCAUCUGGUAAGUCCUCAGGCUGUGCUGGGCAAGGUGGGUAUCUGUACUGGGGCUCACUCCCUGGCCCCACGUUGCCUCCCCAGGGCAGUCAGACCACAGGACCUGAAUACAUGCAGCCAGACACAGCUGGACAUCCUGUAUGCCAGGGCCCACCUCACCUUCCAGAAUGUGAGCAGGGCUGAAUACUUUGUGAAGAUCCAGCCAUUCCUGGGCGGGGCCCCCAUAGAGGACCUGCAGGCUCUCAGUCAGCAGAAUGUGAGCAUGGACUUGGCCACCUUUAAGACGCUGAAGAAAGAGGCCGUUGUGGGGUUGACUGUGCGGGAGGUACAGAACCUUCUGGGCCCACAUGUUGGGGGCCUGACGGCAGAGCAGAGGAACAGCCCUGUGUGGGACUGGAUCCUGCGGCAGCGGCAAGAUGACCUGGAUGCCAUGGGGCUAGGGCUCCAGGGCGGCAUCCCCAAUGGCUACCUGAUCUUAGACCGCAGCCGCAGAGUGGCCCUCUCGGAUGGGCACCGUCUCCCUGGAUCCAGACCCAUGCUCUCCGCUGUGCUGGCACUGCUCUUGGCUUUGGCCCUGCACUGAGGACACCACUCGGAUUCGCCCAGCCCUCUGUUCCACUGCAGAGCCCCCACCUGGCCAGGAGUGGGUCUGGGUGGUCCCUAUCUGGCCAAGGGGCCUUGAACUCAAUAAAUGGGGAUGUGCCCCCUGCAGACA